AUGGCUGGUCAUAAGUAUGAAUCCAGAAAUGAUAAAAAAUUAAAUAUUCUUUCUGCUAUAAAGUUUAUUGUUCAGGCAUGGAAAGAGGUAUCAUCAGAAACAAUAUGUAAUUGCUCCUGGCAUACAAAGAUUCUUUCAGUUGUUCAAAAUAACGAACCUACUAAUGAUAACAAUGAAAAUGAGUUAAUUGAAGAAAUGCAAGUUCCAACUAAAGAUGACAAUAGUGAAGAGGACAAAGAUGACAGAUCUAAGUGA